UGAUUUGUUUUAUAGUGCACCUUCAAACACUGUUUUGUAAGGCUUAUAAGUUUGAAUUUUUGAUCUGUAAGAUAAGCCCGAAAAAGCUCGAAAAGUCUUGUAACCCUGUUAGGGCCGGGCUCGGGUUUUGAAAUAUAGGCUCGGAAAUAUUUCAGGCCAAGUCGGGCCGGAUUCAAACAUAUGCAGGCUUUACGGGUUUCGGGCCGGGCCAGCCCGAUUGACACCCCUAGACUGAGCAACAAAAAAAAAAAAAAGAGAGCUGGGCCUAGAUGGGCUGUGUUCCAUAUACCACAUUACUACCAACGACGAUUGAAAAAAGGAUUGGUCAACAAAACGCGGCCCAAUCUUGUUGGAUCUAAGUUAUGAAAACCGGAAACGAAGGAAAGAGCGGUUAAUAAUGGCUCUUUUUUUAUUCAAAAGCCCUAAUUUGACAAUCCUCUGAUAAACCCUAGGCGAAGAAUCCCAUGAGUCGAUUUCUUCAGAGAUUACCCAGUUUAUUGGCUCGAACUCGAAGUUUCCUUCACUCACCCGUGAAUAUUCGCCAUUCUCGUGUUGUUGUUGUUGUUCCUCUCUUCGACCGAGCUAUUUCCCGUCCCGUCUUCUUCUCUUCCGACUCCGACUCCGCGCCUAGUUUCAAUACCGACAAGGUUCUUUCUAAAGAAGAGCUGAAAAAUAGGAUUCAAAAGAUUUUGGAUGAUGGAGAUGAAGAUUCAAUUCCCGAUUUAUUUGAGUUAAUGAUGAUUAGGAAGUUAUCAGGUAAUCACGAUGAUAGCGACGAUGAGGUCAUGGAGGAGGUUGUGCGUAAGUAUCCAGUUAACGAUGCCCAUGACACUCACUCUGAAUCUGAUAUCGAAAGUGAUGAUGACCUGAGAGAUGGUGAUGAUUCGUCUGACUCAGAUAUCGAAAGUGAUGAUGAUGACCUGAGAGAUGGUGGUGAUUCGUCUGAUUCAGAUAUAGAGUUUGAUGGCUUGAGAGAUGUUGACUUGUCUAAUGUCAAUAUCAAGAUUGAUGGUCUGAAAGAUGUUGGCUUGUCUGAUGAUGUCAAUAUCAAGAUUGAUGAUGGCCGGAAAGCUAAUCACUCCUCGUCUUAUUCUGACUCUCUCAAAGUGACUUGACUUGCACUACAUUGAAGAAGAUUUUGAAGAAAGCAACUACAUAGUGAAUGGAAACAGUACAGCUUUUGGUGCAAGUUGGCUGUAAGUUCUGACUUUCGAAUAUAAACUAGAAAUUAGAUUCAUAUUGUAUGCGUUCUUUGUACUAGUAGUAGUACAUUAUAUUAUACAAUAGUAAUGAAUUAAGAAUAUAAUUAUGAAGGUGUUUUCUUUUCUU